CCUCACAAAAACCUCUCCACCCACAAACUCUUUCUCUCUCUUUCUCAACCAGAGAAAAAAUGGAGGUUUCAACGAGAAAGCCUUAUUUCAUCGAAGAAGACGAUGAAUUAGCUUCUUCUCUAUCGGAGAUGGAAGCUGGGGUUUCUGGUAACAACAACGGAUCCUCACAAAACGGUGUCGUUCCAAGUCCUUUCUCUUACGCUAGAAUAAACAGUCUAAGAAACACGAACUAUUGUCACAAUAACUAUCCUCAGAGUUAUUAUCACCAUCAAUACUCUGUUUCGUCUCCGAGAUCUGCUUUUUCCGGAAGAUUCCAUGAUUUCAGAUUCGACAAUCAACAGCCUCAUUUCCUGGAUUCGUGUUUCCUCUGUAAGAAGCCACUUGGUGAUAACAGAGACAUCUAUAUGUACAGAGGAGACACACCGUUUUGUAGCGAAGAGUGUAGACAAGAACAGAUAGAGAGAGAUGAAGCGAAAGAGAAGAAGCAGAAUCUGUCUUAUUCUGUGAAAUCAGCAAUGAGGAGAAAAGAACAAAGAAGCUCUUCUUCUUCUCCAACUAGAUCUCGUGAUUAUGCUUUUCACAAUGGAACUGUUGCAGCUGCUUGAAAUCCGAAUCUUGGGGAGUUAUAAUAAUAAUUAGGUUAAAAGGAAAAAAACAUCACAAAACAAAAGAAGUGAGAUCGUCUCUUAAUAUGCUUCAAAGCUGGUAUUUGGGUUUUUCUUUUGAUCUUUUUUUAGUCUAAAGAUCAUUUUACUUUAGCUUGAAGUUUCAGUCUUUCAGGGAAAGAAGAAAGCUAAAGAUCCUUUAACUUCUUCCUUGGUUUUUCUCCUUUUCUUUUGUUUUUUGUUUUUUUUUUUUUUAAACUUAAAAAGUUUUGGGAGUAUGAGAAGAGAAAUUGUAAAUGCCUGUGUGAAUUAACGUCCAUGGCAUGCUUUGAGUAAUUUUUCUUGUUUCUUUUGGGUGAGGACAAAAAUACAUAUGUAAUAUAUUCAACCAUGAGAAUAUAUAUACUAUAGAUCUAUGAGACUUAAACGUAAGCUUAAUUAUUUUAU